AUGGGAAUAUCCAGAGUGUGCAGUUCUACAGAGCCAAAUUCAGAAUCUCGAACUCCAGUUCUCCGACGUUUUUCUUGUGGAGUAGGAAGCGUAUUGAAUGAAAUCCAAAGCCAGCUUAUUUCAUUCCGUCUAGUUUUCUUCAUGAAUGUCGUGGGACUCUCCGCAACUGAAGCUGGCGUGCUGGCACUUUACGGGAAGAUUUCCCAGGCCGCAGCAACACCUCUUUGCACGUUUUUGGAAGAACGAAUUAAGAUCCAAUUUUUGUCCCGAAAACUCGGAAGAAGGAAGUCUUGGCAUUUCAUUGGAACAAUGCUGUUAACAAUCGUCCUACCACUCUACUUUGGACCUUGUUUUCCUUGUAAGAGUGAUGGUGGACAUUGGCAACUGAUGGUGUACAUUCUGACAUUGAGCACAGUUCUGUCAACUAGUGUUAGCUUAAUAGAACUUGGACAUCUGACGCUCAUUCCCAUUAUUGCAGAGAAUCAAGCAGAGGCCAUUGAACUGAAUGCAUUGAGGUUUGUUUUCCCUUAACCUGCUGUUCAAAUUCACUUUCAAUUUAUAAAAUUUAAUGUACGUUUCUACAUAUGAAUAAAAGCUCUUGCAGAGGUAAACUCAGAGAUUAUAUUCGUUAUAAGAGAGAUGCAACAACUAAAGGCAAUUAACCUUGCCGCCUGUUAGUAAACUAAAAUUGCAAUCGACCUGCUCUCUGUCGAAUGGUGUUCCCCAUGCAGUGAUCACUUACUAAAGUCAGUUGGACAAAAUUAUCAAGGAAUCAAUGCGAAUAAAACCUCCACUAACCGCUUAUUAAUAAGCCCUAGUGAUUAUUACAAAAUUUCUCUUUAUAGCAUUGAUGAUGUACAAUAGCGUGUUUUCAUUCACGAGGCCAGCAGCAAUGUAAAUUUGUUGGAACAAAACAAAGUUUUUACAUAAGAAAAAGGUUCAUUUAAAAAAAAACACCUCUCAUUGCUUUGGAGUAGCAAUAUGGCGGACGUGACGUCAUGUAAAACGCUCUAUCAGGGACGGGUGAUGACCAAAUAAGGACAUUAUUGCCCAGGAACAUUUCUUACGAUAUUUUAACAAAUUCUCUCCGCAGACGUUUCCUAAAGAAACGUAUGGAACAAGAAAGAAUAUUUUCUUUGUAUUUGAAUAUAUUGGGUUAUAAAGAUUAUAUAGAGGUUAGCUGGACCUCAACAAGUUUAUCUUUUUUUACUGUGGCGUACCUAAUACAUGAUGAUAUAGUUCUAGCCGGAUUUUUGAAAACGUUACUACCAAUUGGAAAUUAAAUGGACCUUUCUCCAAAGUAGCCAUUUUUAAAACUAAGAGUGUAUAACCAUUGCUUUUUAUCUUCCCCACCUUUCCUCUUUCUCGCACACAGUUUCUUUUUCUCCUUUCCUUUUGGUGUGAUUUUGCAGCUUAUCGGGUCCAAUUCCAAAAAGCCUACCUUUUGACGCCUUUUAGCUCAUGACUGCAACUUUUGCUAGGUUGGUUUUCAAAAAAUCAUCUAGAGUUAUAUAAAUGUAAUUCUCCCAAUCACCUCCUCCUCCCUUCCUCUUAACUUCCGACUCAUAUGUAAUUAAAGCAUUUACUAUGAUUUAUCACGUUUUGAUACAAUAUACCUUAUGCCAUAUCAUGUGGUUGAUUUACAGGACAAUGUUUCAGUUCUUGGGUGGGGUCGUUACUUACCUUGUCGCUUGGGCAAUUUUGGGGCAGGACAGUGCCAGCCAAAUUACAGCGGAGAGCUCCAUGGGCUUUAUGGUAAAAGUUGUUGAAUUAACAUCAAAAGCACCUCAAAGCUAAGCCAAACAUGAAUUGUAUUUCUUUCCUUUCGAAGGUUUUGACACUUAUCAUGGUGGGAGUAGGUUUUAUUCUCUCUAUGAUAUUUCAUGCUGGAACCAAAGAGCCUCCGGAAGUAGUUGUCAACGGGCAGUCAACCAAAAGUGAAGCUAUGGUAAUGGUGAACUUCUAUUUUAGCGACCAAUCAAAAUCCAUCAUUCUUUAAAAUAUCUUAAAAAUACGGUUAUUCAAUUUAUACUUGUUGGAGAGCCUGUUAUCCAUUUCACGCAACUGUGCUGAUAUCUAUUUAAAUCUAAAAUCUAAAAUGUCAUUUAUUAUUUUUUUUUUUUCAGAGGAAGUCUUCUUUUGUUUCGCCAUCAUACCCUAGUUUACAGUCGAUGACAUACAUGAAAACAGGUGUGCAUGCGCAUUUAAUUUAAUCCAUACGUGCGAGAUUAGUGGUAUGUACAUACGAGUUAUUCGUUUAUACCUUCUUGCCAAAAAUUGCAUGAAAACUGUUCUGUGUUGUUUUCGGGUUUCCAGCAAUACCACGAACUAAUUAAUAAAACGCCUUAUAAAUAUCCAAUCUACUUGUGUCAGCCGAAGUGACAUAUUAAUUUCUUAGCCCUGAGCUAUAAAUUUACAACUUUUAAGUCCUUCUGCACAGGUCACCAUUAUAAGUUUUCUAAUUAACCUGUAAAUGUUUCUUAUAAUAAAUAAAUAAAUAAAUAAACAGAACGGAAUCAUGAAAUUAAUUGCGAGCUGGAGUGACCAAAUUGCUCAAGUACAUUCUGUUUUACUCAUUAGAAGAGCCAUUUUAUUGGUAAAUAGUGUUUUAAAAAUAAACCUAAAAACUAUCAUUAUGCCAAUUUUUUCAUCACACUUUUUAAGAGGCUGUCUCAGUAAAAACCGCCCACUCAAUUUCGCGUGAAAAUUAUUUUGCCUGAAACUCUGGCGAGUGAAAGGCUUUAUCGAGACUACAACUAAAAUAGGUUUGCUUUGAUUCACAAUAAUUUUCUGGCUGCGCUAGGGGGCGCCGAGUAUUUUGUCCCGCCACGGCCAUUUUGCACGUCUUGAAAACUGAAAAUUUGGCAUUUUUUGCGGCGCUGUAAAAAGUUUGAUUUGCACCAUCUACCAAUGAAUUUUAUACCUAUUUAUAGGUAAAGAUCUCUAGUUUUUCCUGAAAGUAAUUGUUAUCCGCUAAAUUUAGCUGGAAAGACGAAAUCAAGCAAAAUAUGACCCCGAUUAAUUGCCUUGAAAAGAAAGGCCAAAAAUUACACUGUUCUAAAAGCUUAUUUCUGACUUUUGGGACAUAGUUGAAAGCUGUAGACUAAAUAGACGUAAAGAUAGACCAUCUGUUAUUAAUAAUAUAAAUGUACGAUUUCAGUAUUUUAAAAGUUAUGACCGUUUGUAUCAACGCGUAUGCGAGCUAAUACGAUAUUUUCAGAUUUAGAGUAACGGAUCUACCUCAACCAGAUUUUGUCAAAAGUACGGCUUACCUAAUUCAUUACUAGCACUGACUCACAAAUUGAGCCAUAUUCCAAUCCCUGAGAUGCCAGACUCCAUAAAAUUCCAGUAAAUGUGCUUUAGAAACUGCUGGUAUGCAGCCAUUUUUGAAUCCCAUGCUAACAAUCCGAAGCUCAAAACAGGUGUCACGUUUCGAGCUAAAUAGCUCGGUAAAACAACCGUUCAGAGGUGAAAGUUUGCUCGAGAAUCAGAAAAUCAACUAGGCAGGUCUCAUUUUGGAUCAGAAAAUUGAGAUUUCAGAGCUACAACCUCGAAUAAACCUUCUAUUCAACCGGCUCUGCAAGGUCAAAUGCAGGUUGACAUGUAAACGAAAAACGUUGAAACAGGGAAAUAGGGAAAACCGGAAAUGCGGAAAUCCGGAUCAUCCGGAAAUCGGCAAAUCUGAAAUCAAUCAGAAGCCGAAGGUAAUUCCAACAAUUAGCAGACAGCUGCAUUCGUUUAGAGCUUCUUUUCGACGUUGAGACACGUAAAAGAUAAAACCCUCCAAACCGGCGUAGCUGUUUGAUUUCACUGAACUGAAACGCAGUUCCACGAUCGAUUGCGUUUGUCAAAUAGGCUCCAUUAGAAAAAGUAAAUAUCAUUAGCCGGUUACAAACAUUCUAUGUGCGCUAACAUAUCACACUUGUGACUAAUACUUUACAGAAGUUGGCUAUAUAUCGAAACUGAAUGUUUCGAGAUCUAGGAAACCGAGCCAGCUCGGCUUAUUACUAUGGAGGGUCCUUGAAAAUCGCUUGUUAAGAGCGGUUAAAUAGUCCCGGCCGGUGAGUAAGUUUAUAAGAAACCGAUCAGGGAGGGGAAGGCUUGAGUGAAUAGGAGAAAGCCUUCUUCAAAUUUUACUGAUCCUCUUCCUGAAUCUUCUCCCGUCCCUUUGACUAUUUUUACAACAGGAACUAGAGUUUCUUCCUCCGUCUCCUCCCAAACUUUUUCCUAAUCCAUUACUGGCACUGACUAAAAAAUUGACCAAUAUUUCAUUCAAAAUUCUAGUAAAUGCGCUUUUGAAACUGCUGGUAUGCGGCCAUAUUUGAAUCCCCCCAUGUAUAAGCUCCCCCAAACUCGUAACACAAAAAACACUCUGUGAAAUCGCCCGUCCAAAUAUAAGAACCCGGGGUCUUGUGCUUGGAAAAUUGCCCUCAAAUACAAAGUAAAACAAAGCAAAACGGUUAAUUUCCUUCCAACUAUAAGCUAGCCCAAUCGAUUUUUAAACGCAAACUUCCCUCCGUAAAUAAGCUCAUACGAAUAUAAGCCGGUCCAAAAAUAAGCCCCUCAGAAAGGGCCUUUGAAAAAAUAUAAGUCCCGGGGCUUAUUUUCGGAAUUUUACAGUUUGUCACGUUUAGAGAUAAAUAGCUGGGUAAGAAAGAAAAUAAAACAAAUGUCCGGAGGUGAGACUUGUCCGAGAAUCAAAACAUCAGCUAAGCAGAUCUCGUUUUGGUUCAGAAAACCCAAAUUUAUCGACAAAUGUAGGAUUAUUAAAUUUUUUCGACCAUUUAACGGUGUUUUGUAGCUAAUCUUAAAAAAAGUGUCUUAGCGCCUUUCUUGGCCAUAUUGAAUCGGAUUUUUGGUCUUCAAAAAGGGUUGCUCUUAGGACUUGCCACUAGUGUUCCAUUCGGUGUGAAUAUUGGUCUUAAGGUCUAAACACGCAUACAGAAUUAAAUCCUUUCUUAAAGCUACUCUAGAUUAAAUAGGACUUUCUUGCAACCAUACCCUAUAACCCAAAUAACUUUCCUCUGCUCUCCUCGCGUUAUCCGCUAUCCAAGUUAUCCGUGAAUCAAAAAAUGACUCAAUUAAGAUUGAGGCCUUGGUUCAAUAAUUUUUGGAGAAUUUCUGGAUGAUUCUUCGAAUGUUUUUAAUGUAUAAAAAUUAAGGAGGAUGUUAAAAAUGUUGGAAAAGUUGGAAAAUAUUGGAUUAGGGGGUUGUUAGAAAUUAAAAUAUGAAAUGAAUAAUCAGAAGAUACCAGAGACUCCAACAAGGCUUUAUGUGCAUACCUUUUCUACUCUUAUUUAUUUCUUUCCCAAAUCACCAUCAUUUUCCCCGAAAAAAACAACCAGAAUGCCCCCUUAACAAGCGACUUUCAAGGACCCUCUAUACUAACUAGAAAUAGUUAACACUACAGCUGCCCCCGCUCUGUAGAUUGUGGGUCAAUAGCAUUCUUGCUUGUUGUGUAGCUCUUUGAAAUAUACCGAUUCAUAAGGAAGAUUUUCACACAUAUUCCAUACAAUAGGUGAGAUAAAUACAGGAAACGCAAGGUUCCAUGCACAGUUUCAGGUCGAUUUACACAGCUUUGAUCAAAACAUUCUCAGUUUCGACAAUAGUUUAUUCUAAACCAUAUAAGAAAAGAUUUAAUUAGAAGUUGAAUUUUUCGCUAUUUCUCUUUCACUUUUUACAUUCAGUUCAUUUUAUUUGCCGGAAAGGAAGCCUUAGAAAUUAAAAAGACGUUUGAUCAAUUCACACUCGCGCAUUCUAGUCUUAUUUUAAACUUUAUAGCGGAAGGGUAUAUGCGAGCAGGGAAUAAGUCAGCACAGAAUUUGAUUGUCGGCGAAUUUCUGUAAUCGUUCAUCGUUCUGCUAGUGAGAAGCUAGCCGUUGUUCACUCGUCUUGCUUGUUUGGGGCUGAGUCUUAUUCCGGUCAAAGAGAGAGAAAGAGUGUCUGGCAAGGUUUCCAAUGAAAGAUUUGUGAAUUUGUGUCUGGUAAACUCGCCAAGUGUUUAUAUAUACACAGUUAUACGUACUUUACAACUUCUUCUGCACUUAACGAGUGGCGUUAAAAUUUUGGUUCAUAACUUUCACUAAAACAACUGCUCCACAGAAUUUCACUGAUAACACGUAACGCAAAAGAGUGUCGAAGUAUGACUGAACAAUGAAUGUCACAAAAUCUACCUAAGCGGUCCCUUGGGGAUCUUCGGUCCUUACGUCAUCCUGACCAUUUCGUACUUGCGGGCGCAAACAAUAGAAACGUCAUCAUUACCUACCGAUUUCUCGCGGCCCCUGUUCAAGCAAAUCGAGAUUUUUUCUAUAUUGACUGUAUGACUGUAUAUUUCAACUGUAAGUACUUUCCUUAAUAUACGCGCGAGUUACUAGAGUGCCUCCUCGGGAUUUCGCCUUCUGGGCGAAAUCCCUGCGGGGGCAAUAAGCCCAGACAACCGAGCUGGCUCGGUUUCUUAGAUCUCGAAACAUUCAGUUUCGAUAUAUAGCCAACUUCUGUAAAGUAUUAGUCACAAGUGUGAUAUGUUAGCGCACAUAGAAUGUUUGUAACCGGCUAAUGAUAUUUACUUUUUCUAAUGGAGCCUAUUUGCCAAACGCAAUCGAUCGUGGAACUGCGUUUCAGUUCAGUGGAAAUCAAACAGCUACGCCGGUUUGGAGGGUUUUAUCUUUUACGUGUCUCAACGUCGAAAAGAAGCCCUAAACGAAUGCAGCUGUCUGCUAAUUGUUGGAAUUACCUUCGGCUUCUGAUUGAUUUCAGAUUUGCCGAUUUCCGGAUGAUCCGGAUUUCCGCAUUUCCGGUUUUCCCUAUUUCCCUGUUUCAACGUUUUCCGUUUACAUAUCAACCUGCAUUUGACCUCGCAGAGCCGGUUGAAUAGAAGGUUUAUUCGAGGUUGUAGCUCUGAAAUCUUAAUUUUCUGAUCCAAAAUGAGACCUGCCUAGUUGAUUUUCUGAUUCUCGAGCAAACUUUCACUUCUGAACGGUUGUUUUACCGAGCUAUUUAGCUCGAAACGUGACACCUGUUUUGAGCUUCGGAUUGUUAGCAUGGGAUUCAAAAAUGGCUGCAUACCAGCAGUUUCUAAAGCACAUUUACUGGAAUUUUAUGGAGUCCGGCAUCUCAGGGAUUGGAAUAUGACUCAAUUUGUGAGUCAGUGCCAGUAAUGAAUUAUGUAAGCCGUACUUUUGACAAAAUCUGGUUGAGGUAGAUCCGUUAUUCUAAAUCUGAAAAUAUCGUAUUAGCUCGCAUACGCGUUGAUACAAACGGUCAUAACUUUUAAAAUACUGAAAUCGUACAUUUAUGUUAUUAAUAAAAGAUGGUCUAUCUUUGCGUCUAUUUAGUCUACAGCUUUCAACUAUGUCCCAAAAGUCAGAAAUAAACGUUUAGAACAGUGUAAUUUUUGGCCUUUCUUUUCAAGGCAAUUAGUCGGGGUCAUAUUUUGCUUGAUUUCGUCUUUCCAGCUAAAUUUAGCGGAUAACAAUUACUUUCAGGAAAAACUAGAGAUGUUUACCUAUAAAUGGGUAUAAAAUUCAUUGGUAGAUGGUGCAAAUCAAACUUUUUACAGCGCCGCAAAAAAUGCCAAAUUUUCAGUUUUCAAGACGUGCAAAAUGGCCGUGGCGGGACAAAAUACUCGGCGCCCCCCAGCGCGGCCAGAAAAUUAUUGUGAAUCAAAGCAAACCUAUUUUAGUUGUAGUCUCGAUAAAGCCUUUCACUCGCCAGAGUUUCAGGCAAAAUAAUUUUUCACGCGAAAUUGAGUGGGCGGUUUUUACUGAGACAGCCUCUUAAAAUCCAUUCCAGUUUUUUUUUUCUUUGAAUUGGCACUUAGACAUGAAGUCACUAACUUAUCUUGUACAGAAGUGCGAAGCGAUCACACCGACCACACCGAUGUAACUAAUGAGUCCUUUGGUAAUGACGACAAAGGCCUUGGUUUUAGUGAAACUGAAGUGAAUCCAUGUCAUCAUGAGACCAGCAAGACAAGCAUCGGAGACGAUGGUCCCUUACCUCAAGCUAUAAGGAAUAACGAAAAGACUUUAGUUAUCUCAGAUGAUCCUGAAUCAGCUCCUCCAGUUGCCCCUGCGCCCAAAACAGUGAGAGCCUGGCUCAGGGAUCCACGUCUUUACAUGGUAAUAAUAGUCUCUCUCUAAGAAUUGCUUUAAGUGUUUGGUUGUUUGUUUGUUUGUUUGUUUGCUUCUUUGUUUUUUGUUGUUGUCGUUUUUUUAGUUUGUUUUUUGAAAGUUUUGAACCCCUUGUUAUUUUGGCCAUAUUUUCAAUCUACUUUUCUCGCAUGGUAUAAAUGUCAAACAUACAUGCUUAUUCUUUAUUCCAUUUCUUUCAGUUUAGAAAAUACCAAUCUUUAGAGAAAUAGAUGGGAAUACCUAAAUUGAUAUUGUCCUUGUUUUUACGUAGGUGGCAGUAAUCUUCUCCUGUGCAAAGGUUUUGCAGGACGUUUGUUUUGCCUAUCUACCACUCUUUCUUAUUUACAGUGUGAAGUUUGAAAAGGUAUUUUAAUUAGUAAUACAGAUCCAAGUUUGAUAAUAUAUUCUUCUGAUCGAAGACUUUUUGCGUUCUAUUACUUUUAGUGACGAAGGAUUGUCUUUAAAAUGAUUUACAACUUGGGAGUGCCACUGGUGUAUUCUGGAAAUGUCGGAAUUUUGCAGUAUAUUACUUAGGCUAUUGUAUGGCAGAUUGUUGAAAAGUUCAUUGUCAUUUUCGACGACUAGCUUUGUCAUAGUAGAUAGGGAUUUCUAACGGCUCAAGAUUAUAAUCAUAAUCAUGAUCAUCACCUCCACCACCACUAACACCACUACCACCACUACCACCACCACCACCACCACCAUCACCAUUAUCAUAAGUAUUUCAGUAUUAGCAUUCGCAUUCGCAUAAGCAUGAGCAUAGCAUCAUUAUCAUAACUAUAAUCAUUAUCAUUCAACCCCCCUCUGUUGGUGCAAAUUGUCGCUCGCUAAUACGUACGUCUAAACUAGCCUAAUCCGAUUUGUGUCAAACUGCCUUAACUGAUAGUAGUUGCAUAUAGCUUGCAUUGUGAAUGAGCCACACCCGAAAGUAAAGAAACUUCUUAUUAAUAAAUUUGUCUUGACCUUUUUUGAUGUAUUGCUUUGUUUUUAGGAAGCCAUUGCUUAUCUGCCACUCAUCAUGUUGAUCACUGGAGCAGUCUCAUCAGGAAUUUCGAAAAAAUUCAUUGGAAAAGUUGGAGGCAAGGUAAGUCGAAUGAAAACCACCGCUGGUAAAAAAAAUAAAUAAAUAAAGGGGGAAAGACUUACAAGCCUUAAUCCGUUAGACUGAUCAGCGCAGUCCUUUAAGAUACUAAAGAAUGGAAAGGGAUGGGAUGGAUGAAAAUAAUAAAUUGAUAUAGGUGGCAAUUGUGUUAACCAUGAAUGCAUUACAUUUUUUACUUUAAUUUUUUUUUUUAUCAUUUAGUGGUCAUUCUCCCUAUCUGCUGUAUUGGUAAUAGGAGUUGGAGUGUGGUUUUAUUUUAUCACCGAUUCCAGUAAAGUGAUGACAUAUCCAGCUGUUGUUUUGCUUGGAUUUGGGUUUUCCAUUAUGAUCGUAAAUUCACUGAGCUUUGCAGCAGAAUUUAUUGGAGACAACAAAGUGAGUUAAGUUACAAGUGAAUUUGGAAUGAUGUAGUAAAAGGGCUAAAUGGAACAAAGGUUAUUCCCAAAUUAUAAACGUUCGCAUGUGGUAGAAUCUUAGACUGUCAAGAAAGAAACCUUCGCUUUGCGAAGCCAAGAAUUGAACCAGACUCGAUCUUCUUAGAUUUGGUGCUCACUGUUUCAUCUGUUUUGAUGGUAGUUCUUCCUUUUUCUUGCUUCUUACUUCCGCUUCUAAUAGUUGACAACUAUUUUCUACGAGAGUAUAAACAAUAGAUAUGACUUGCCUGUCUCAAGCAUGUUAAGGCAUGGCCUGAGGCUAAUUUGCACAAAAUCUUAUAAUGAUCAUAACUUUGGGAAAAUUUAUCAGAACCUUCCAAAAUUUGGCAGCCUUGUUGCAGCCUCGGAAAAAUCGGUAACCUUGAUUUCCCUGUGACGUGAGAAAUCAGAUAUCUGUGUCACGUGACUACUUAUGGUCGACUCCAGGAAAGAAAAGAAACUGAAAAUGGGGUGGCGAGAUACCACACAGUAUAUAUUAAAUACAGUAUUUUUUGUUAUUGUAUUAUCAUUUCUCGCUUGAAUCUGGCCGGAAUGGUUGACUCACGUUUUUAUUUAAUUAGUAAUCAAGCAAAAUAGGUCACGUGACACUUUUCACCUGUUAAUAUAUUUUUCAGAAAUUAAAAAUUCUCUCCGUUUCGGCCUUAGAAAAAAUUCGUACGCUAAAAGAAACAUUUACACAUGGUUCAAACUUAGUUGUGAUCAACCAUUCCUUACCUCAUUUUGAAUUUCUUUUUGAAUAUCAUUAUGACGUCACGUUUGACGCGACUACAUCACUUCAACCCUAAUUAAUUCAACGCCUCGAAAGAAAGUUUCUCGAAAGUUUUUUGCAACUCUUAGAAUUAAAAGCAUGGCCGUAGAAGAAAAACAGCUUAUCUUCGCGGAGGGCCGAGACCAUAAAUUGAGCCAUACCUUAAUAACAUGCUUGAGGUCUCUCAGUCGUGCGUCAAGGGUAACAUUUCGAUCGACAACCAGUUUUACUUUAAUAACUGUCUAGUACACACUUAUAAAUAAAGAAAUGCAGACGCUAGAAUGUUCAAAAUCUUGUCACGAAAUAAUUCAACGAUUUGUUAAUUUAUUUAAUUCGGGAUUAUUGCUUCUUUAAUCUUUUCUUUUGUUUUCUUUUUGUGAUACAUUGUGCUUUUAAAAUCACUUUGUACUUUCUUCACAUCAGAGCACAAGUGGCGUUGUUUUUGCUGUUAUGGGUUUGAUGUCGCGGGCCUGGGCAGGGGCAAUGUUUCUUGCUAUCCAAAAAUUCUUUCCCCAAGGAAGGUAAGGAAUACUGUUAGUUGCUUCUGUUAUCAUCGUGUUCCUUAUGAUAUUAUUUUAAAAAUUCCCAGUGACUGGAAUCAACUGCAAGAAAUACUUUGAUUUUCAUUUAUAAAGGCGGUGUGUAGUUGAAUUUUUCCACAUUUAACAGUAGUGCCAGAAGGUAUUAUAUUUCCGUUGCAUUAAUCUAGUAUCUGUAGAUUUUGUCUAUGUUAUGCAAUUUAUAGGGAAACUUAUCACGUGAUUUACGAACGCUGUCACUUUCUUCGGUCCUGUUUACAAGGAGGGAGGAUAACCCUGUUGCUACGGUUACCCAAGAAAUAGGGUUACCCUUGCUAUCUAGCACUCGCACAUUUCCUGUUUUUUACACGACGUUUUUACAAGGAAGGUAAUGUUACCUUAACAAGAGGGUACCCUAUAGCUACCUGCCUUGCAAACGCCUUGCUAAGGACAACUCGCCUACCCGGAACAACUUUCCUCCGUCAUACCUGACCCGUAAUCUUGACAAUUUGAACGGAAUUAUCUAAUUGCUGAGCUAAAUUAUAAACAUAUGAACAGUAAAAGGUAUUUUCUGUGUACGAUGACAAUAUUUUCCCGUUUUUUCGUGAGUUUAACUUGUAUCCAUAGAGAAAUUCAAGUUUUAUUUCAUAUCUUGUCACGCAUGACGACGGAACAGGUCAGUAAACAUGGUAAAGUGGACCCGGAGGAUAGGGCCGAACCCUACCUUAAACCCUACCCGGGCUAACUUUGACCCGCUUGCUAGGGUAACCCUAGCACAAGGGUAACCCUCUCUCCUUGUGAAUAGGCCCUUAUUAUGACAAAUUUCUCGUGAGGGUGUCAUUGAAAAUUAAGUUAAUGAAGUCACUUAGAGAAAUAAGUUGCAAUGUGAAAAAGUUGUCCAAUAUCUUAAGACGAAGCAUGCUUGGUCGUAUUUUUUUAAAAUCAGUUUUGCUACAGUCUCAUAGUCAAAUUACUAUAAACCUAUCUCUUGUUGUUGUUGUUGUUUUUUUUUUAUAUUUUUAAAUUAUUUCCCCACGUAUACAAUGUCAAGGCUAUUUAAAACAGCUUUUAAUGUCGUCUUUAUUUACUUUUUGUAGCAAAUCUACAAACUGUGAAGAGUGUGGGGAUUAUGUACGUCACAUUUUUUCAUUUGUACCAGGAUCUAUAGCUGUUAUCGGUAUCUUAGCACUUCUGUUGUUCCAAGCACCGCAAACUCAAUGCAGGCGAAAUGGUGAG